AUGCCACGGUCACACUAAUACCAAAACCAAAACAAGCGAAAUUGCGAAAAUGACUGAAAAUCUGAUUGCUGCUCCGCUAAAUCGAAUCCCAGGCACCAGUCAAGUGAAGGAGAAGCACAGCAAGGACCUAAAAACUCUCACAUAUGUGCAACUGCUUGAGAUUAAGGACAGGCAGUCGCACAUUCUCUCAUUCAAAAAGCGACUACUGCAGUUGCCGGACAAGGGAAAGCGGCUGCAGGAGGCUUACGACAAAUUGCUAGACGAGAUCAGGCGUCGCGAUGAAGUGGAAGAGGCGACUCGAAUGCUGAGCGGUCUCAACAUUGCGGCAAAGGGAAAGAUCGCUCUAAACAAUCUGGAGUGGAAUGGCAGGGCCACAGACGAAGGCGCCCAUGUGGACGACAUUUUGGAUAGCGAUGAUGAGGUGGAGAUGGAUCCCCUUAAGAUUAUUGCCAAGGGCACCAUGCACGAAAAGAAGGUGAAGGUGAUUCCCCCACAAGCAAGUCUUAUUACAGCUGAAGAUUUAGCGGAUAUUGAGGAGUUCAAGAAGCCAACAGAUUCUCCAGAUUCCGCUUUGGCUGGACAGAGUGACACCAGCUCCCUGCCUGCAGAGAUCAUAGAAAUAGACGCUAGUCAGGUGGCCGCCAAGCUGAGUAAGGAGCAGCCACCCGAUCAGCAUGCUCUUUACCUCAUCGAUAAAACGGAAACAAAUGCCAAUGCUCCUGCCAGAGAAAAGUUUAUGCCAUUCCGGACCACCAAAUCCAACGUUCAUGACCCCGACAAGGAGCGCGUGCGCAAGAAAGGCAAACACUGGGAGGUCACAGCAGCAACUCCUCCACUCAUUCAGCACAAGGAAGUGCAGCUGGUGCCGCUAGCGGAGUCUGCUGCGCUGCAAAUAGAUUAUAUGCAACGGGUUAAGGAGGUGCGCAUUCAGCAGGCUGAACAGCGGCUUGCCAGGCACAAGGAGUCCAGGCUGGCAGCCGGAUUAAGUCUGCCCGAGGAAUCAAUUUUGAAAACAAAGGAGUCCUUUCGCAAUUAUCGUGAUCCCCAAGCCAACUUCCUUAUUGAAGGCAGGCAAAAGGCCAGCGAGGCAAACGAAGUGCACGAUCCUUCAAUUCAAGAUAAAGGAUCGGCCACCAGUGGGAUUCACUACACUGUUUUCGAGUAAUCUGCGGUGGAGUAGCAUGUGAUUGAAUCCCAUUUCUGCUCUUACUUUUACCAACAAACAUUGUGAACUAUUUAUUCGCGUAGGCAACAAUUACUAAAUAAGACUGCAUAUAUAA